UCCUUUUUUUUUUAAAUUGUGAUUAACCACAUUUGUUUUCCCCAAGCUGGGAAACAAAAUCCAAUGUUUGAAUAUUUGACACUUUAAUGAAACUUGAGGCUUCUAAUAUUAAUUAUGUAAUGUUCCUAUUUAGGGUGUAGUGUCCGUUAAACGCCCCGCGGAGAGGAGCAGGAGAGAGCCCCAGACAUCAGAGGAGAAGCUCGGCCUCCGCAGCUCUCUCCAGCGGGCGGAAUGGACUGAGAAACCUCGCUGUUUGGGGCGAUGUUCAGAUUUAGUUUGCCAUGGAAACGGAUAUGAUACCAAAGUUCUCCUCAAAAGACGAGGAAAUUGACUUCUGGAAGGCUCUUUCUCUCAAGUACAAGGAAGGCUGCCGGGAGGCUCGCGAGGAGCUGCUGGAGUUUCAGGAGGGGAGCAGGGAGCUGGAGGCCGAGCUGGAAGCCCAGCUGGGCCAGGCCGAGGCGCGUAUGAAGGACCUGCAGGCUGAGAACCACCGGCUGAAGCAAGAUGUCGAAACACUCAAGGAGAGGGUUGAGCAGCAGUACACUCAGAGCUACAAGCAGAUCUCCAUGCUGGAGGACGACCUGGGCCAGACACGCAGCAUCAAGGAGCAGCUCCACAAAUACGUCCGAGAGCUCGAACAGUCUAACGACGACUUGGAGAGAGCCAAGAGAGCUACCAUCGUGUCCCUGGAGAACUUUGAGCAGCGUCUGAACCAGGCGAUCGAGAGGAACGCCUUCCUGGAGAGCGAGCUGGACGAGAAGGAGUCGCUCCUGGAGUCCGUGCAGAGAUUAAAGGAUGAAGCCAGAGACCUGCGGCAGGAGCUGGCCGUACGGGAGAGGCAGUCGGACGUGUCCAGGAUGUCCGCUCCCAGUUCGCCCACACAGGACAACGAGAAGAUGGACACUGCUGUUCAGGCCCCUCUCUCUCUCCCGGCUACACCACUGAGCAAAGGUCUGGACAACGCCUUCGCCAACCCAACAGUCCUAUCAAACGGUUUCGGCAGCAACUCUCCGUUGACUCCCUCCGCCAGAAUAUCGGCCCUCAACAUCGUCAGUGAUUUACUCCGGAAAGUUGGGGCUCUGGAGUCAAAGCUCGCCGCGUGCAGGAACUACGCCAAGGACCAGAAAGCGAGGAAGGCGUACUCCCUCGACAACAGCAACGUGCUCAACGCAAACACGGCUAACUACUCGCAGUCACUCCACACGUCGUACUUUGACAAAGCCAGGACAGAGAUGGUCACAUUCCCCGCGUUGAUUCUGGGUAAUCGCAGCUCCUUCUGUUCCUGAGAGUGUUGGGGAGCUGUCAUGCAUGCUGCUGCUUAUUUUAGCAAGGUCUCUUUUCCAAAGUAGAGCUCAUAGAAAUAACCAACUGCGGGCUAGAUGACGGGCUGGAGGGUCCUUGGUGGUGUCAUGGUGCUGGAAGUUUCCUGCUGUCUUUUUAACUCUUAUGCUGACCUCAUAUAUCUCCGUCCUACUAGUGUGAGUUGUUGUUUUUUUGGGGGGUUUGGACGAGGUCUAACGAUUAAUUAGAACUAACAAAGUGAAUUUUAAAACAAACAAGCUUUUUGUUUUUGUGUUUUUAUAUUUCUUCUUACGAAUGGAGUCGGGAACGUUUGUCAGAAGAGAAACCUGAAGACAAAAAUGAAAUUUACUAAUAGGAACAAA